UUAAAUGAUGAUUCAUUGGGUGUUGUGUUAUUAAUGUAUGAGGAGUUAUAACUUUAUUAUAACAUCAAAUCAAAUUGGUUGAAGUCAUUUCAUAUGACUUGAUUGUCAAACAAGGUAGAACAACUGAAAUAGGCAUCAAAUGAUUAGAAUAGCCCUUUAUGUCAUUAGUGAUCAGGCCUAAUCACUGUCUAUUUACUGAAAGUUGUGCAAAAAAAAUCUGAAGUUCAGGAAGUUGUCAGCUGUUUAAAGGUCAUGUCAGCCGCACAGCCGCUGUGUUCAGAUGAGAGAGAAGGGACGCUGCAAGUUGCGCCUAUUACGCAUGUGGACACCGAGUACGGAGAUAAAAUAGGUCCGUGUGGACGAAGAGGAUUUCAUCACAAGUGACCAGGGAUCUUGACAGUCACACAGCAGAGAGUAACCAUGCCGAGGUCAUUUUUGGUGAAGAGUAAACGAGCACAUAGCUACCACCAACCACGAUACCUGGAUGAUGACUACAUUAGAAUGGAUACUAUUUUAGCCCAUAUAUGCGCAGAAAGCAAAUUGCAGGUUGAGUUUGAGGGGAACUGUGACGCGCAGGUUGCUCCGAACCACCGCAACCUCUCCCCCGAAUCCCGCCUGGUGCACACGGCUGACCACUCCCCCAUCUAUCCGCUGAGCUGCGAGGGCAGCGUGUGCGACCGCUUCUCGGACUAUGACGACUACUGGCGCCCUCCAUCUCCAUCUGCAUCACCAGAUUCGGAACAAUGUUUCACUCCGUCAGCAGACGACGCUCAGCCUUUCGCCAUUCCAUUUCGCUCUUACCCAUGGAUGACCUACUCUGGCUCCGAGCUCAGACACCUUGUGCAGCGAACAUAUCAACACAAUCUCCCCACAACCCUGGAGCCCGACAUACAGAUGGGCCUCUAUGGAUCCGAGGAUGGUGCCACCAACUCCCUCAUUUACGCACAGAGGGGCCCCCACACUGGAUUUUACAGGGACUUUGGGUCUACGGUGUUCCCUACCUAUAGAAUGCGGGACGCCGACCAGUUAUAUUCGGACCUCAAGCUGAAGACCAAGGCCUCUGAUAUCAAGUCUGAAUCCGAUCUCAUCUGUUCACGUCUAGAACCAAGUGGAUCGUACAAGUGCAUCAAGUGUUGCAAGGUAUUCUCGACGCCGCACGGGUUAGAGGUUCACGUUCGUCGGUCGCAUAGCGGAACUCGCCCUUUUGCCUGUGGAUUGUGUGGGAAAACGUUUGGGCACGCAGUGAGCCUCGAACAACACAAGGGCGUUCACUCACAGGAGAGGAGCUUCAACUGUAAAAUAUGUGACAAAAGCUUCAAGCGCUCGUCCACGCUGUCCACGCACUUGCUUAUCCACUCGGACACGCGGCCCUACCCUUGUCAGUACUGCGGGAAGAGAUUCCAUCAGAAGUCCGACAUGAAGAAACACACCUUUAUCCAUACAGGUGAGAAGCCGCACAAGUGCCAGGUAUGCGGGAAGGCCUUCAGUCAGAGCUCCAACCUCAUCACGCACAGCCGCAAGCACACAGGCUUCAAACCGUUCGGCUGCGACCUCUGCGGCAAAGGAUUCCAAAGGAAAGUGGAUCUGAGGAGGCACAAGGAAACACAACAUGGAUUGAAAUGAAAAACUGUCAACACCGAAAAACUGUGCUGGAGAACUGUACUAUAUUAAUACAUGUAGCGUAAAUAUGUCGCUUUCAAAAUACGUUUAUGUUAUUCUAUCAUUGCUUGGUUAUAUGCCUUGGUUAUAUUGCCCCUUCUUGAAUUGUUGUUUUGAAAAUGAAACAUGUAUUUAUUAAAUCGGCCUAUAGAUUUUCAUUAGCUACAGGCCAAAUUCUGAAUAUCAUUUCACACAACACAAAAAUACAGGAUUUAAACGUUUUGGUUGUGAUCCACAAGGAUUGUAUAAUUCGUUUUAGCCUAGCCUAUUUGUUUUCUUCUCGAGAAGAAACCGGCUAGUUAAAUGCUAUAGCUUAAUAGUCUAUUUAUCGGAACAUUUUAAUAUUAAUGCCUGUUUAAUUAAUUAAGGCCUUUAAUUAUCCAACACGGUCACUUUAUAAUCUGCUGUGUAUACAGAAUCCAUGGUGGGGAAAGGAGAAUUUAUGCUCUUUUGUCUGAAUAUACAUUUUAAAUGUUCCCUUGUCUUUUGUAAAAACAAUGAUAGGCUUAUAAGUGAAGACAUCUAAACCAAACAUGUUCAUAUAUAAUAAUAAUAGGCCUUCAUCCAAAA